AGAGGAAACGACUUUCCUGGGGAAGCCGUUCUGGAAAACAGAUCACAAUUUCCUGCUCUCUCACUACACUACUCUCCCUUUUAGACACAUACUUUGUACUAUGGCCAAAAUCAACAUUCACCACCAAAGAGAAAUGGAGAAUCUGUGAUUCUCCCAGUGCUUUAGAAAGAAGAGUUGUUUGGGAAUGGCAACAAUUUCUUCUCUGUUAUGCGUGUCCAUGUAGGUAGAAAGUUCGCCUAAAUUCAAUACCAAGUGUGGCCCACCUCCAACUAACUACAGAUAGGAGAAAGCUGAAGACGCUGUCCAGAUCAGAAACCUCGUCUCCUAGCUCAAGUUUCUACCCGAGCCCGCAGAGAACGGACCGGAAGUGGCGUGCAGCCUCACGGAGGAGGGAACUACGAAUACCACCGAGAAAGGUGCAGCCUUUAAAAAGUUCCCCUCCUAGUUGUGCGUCCGCCCGGUUCCGUGGCCGACGAAGGGGUGGGUAGCCGACGUCUUGAGCGGCGCUGGACAGCUGGUGAGAUGCCGGGCGGGGGCCGCUGCCCGGACUGCGGCUCUACCGAGCUGGUGGAGGACUCGCACUAUUCGCAGAGCCAGCUGGUGUGCUCCGACUGCGGCUGCGUGGUCACCGAGGGCGUCCUUACCACCACCUACAGCGACGAGGGCAACCUCCGAGAAGUCACAUAUUCCCGAAGCACAGGGGAAAAUGAACAAGUGAGUCGCAGCCAGCAACGAGGUCUCCGCCGAGUGAGAGACCUUUGUCGAGUUCUGAAGUUGCCACCGACAUUUGAGGACACUGCAGUUGCCUACUACCAACAGGCAUACCGGCACUCUGGCAUCCGUGCUGCCAGGCUGCAAAAGAAGGAGGUCUUGGUCGGGUGCUGUGUCUUAAUCACCUGCCGGCAGCAUAACUGGCCUGUCACCAUGGGAACCCUCUGCACCCUGCUGUACGCAGAUUUGGAUGCAUUUUCUGGAACCUACAUGCAGAUAGUGAAGCUUCUGGGGCUGGACGUGCCGUCCCUGUGCUUGGCAGACCUGGUGAAGACCUACUGUAGCAGCUUCAAACUGUUCCAGCCCUCCCCAUCUGUGCCAGCCAAAUAUGUGGAAGACAAAGAGAAGAUGCUGUCGCGAACACAGCAGUUGGUGGAGCUGGCAGAUGAGACGUGGCUAGUGACCGGGCGGCAUCCCUUGCCUGUCAUCACUGCUGCUACCUUCCUGGCUUGGCAGUCGCUGCGACCUUCAGAUCGACUGACAUGUUCCCUUGCCCGAUUUUGUAAAUUGGCAAAUGUGGACCUGCCCUACCCCGCUUCCUCUCGCCUGCAGGAGCUGCUCGCUGUGCUGCUGCGGAUGGCUGAGCAGCUGGCCUGGUUGCAGGUUCUGAAACUUAACAAACGGUCUGUGGUGAAGCACAUCGGCGACCUUCUGCAGCACCGCCGCACGUUGGUCCGCAAGGCCUUUCGAGAUGGAACAGCAGAGACGGAGCCCCAGGAGAAGGAGCUGCAAGAGCAAGGACAGGGGCAAGGACAGGGAAAAGAGGAGGUGGGGGGUAGUUCCUUAGAUUUGCCUGAGGGGAAGCGACCAGCUAGUCCUGCCCUUCUCCUCCCCCCCUGCAUGUUGAAGCCCCCGAAGCGGACCUGUCCCAUGCCCCCUGUCCCCAUGGUCACCGGAGAUGAGAAUAUUUCUGAUAGUGAAAUAGAGCAGUAUUUGCGUACCCCUCAGGAAGUUAGGGACUUUCAAAAAGCCCAAGCUGCUAGCCGGGCCGCCACGAGUAUUCCUCACCCUCCCUGAUGCACAUCUGGGGGGCACUUCAUCCCAUCUGACAGCAGCUCGACAAUAGGCCUGUCAUAUCCAGAGAAAUAAGUGCAUACAAGUUCUUAGGUAUUGUCUUUCUCGUUCAAAGGCACCGAGAGGGGCUCUGCAGUUCAUUGGGUCCAGGUCCUGGAGCAGAAGUCAGGAGGAAUGCAGCGAGGCCUGGGUUGGAGGGAGUCCCAUCCCUUGGUGCCAGAGAGCGGGUUGCAUAUAUUCAUAUCCCGUGGGAUGGCCUUUCUCUUAGACUGUUGGGAGAGUGGCGGCUCUCUCCUGCUCCUGGUUUGAAUUGGAUACACUACUGCUGCAGGCCUGGCGGGGCCUCCCUGCUGGUGUGGAGCCG